AGCGGGUAAAGCACCAAAGAAGAAGUCAUUGCUCAUGAUCUGCCGGAGAAGAAGUAAAUGUUGACUCUGUCCGCACUCAGGGGUUAAUAAACAUGGAUAAAAAGAAGAAACCUUUCGACGUGACGGCCUCAUCUCUGGUGGACCUCAAAGCUGAGCUGUACAGGAAGCAGGAGCAGUUCAAGCAGGAAAAACUUGGACAAGAAAACUCUGGAGCUGCGUUCAAACUAAAGAGCAAAGACAAGAAACCUGACAUAUGGAGCAAGCAGAACAGCGGGGUGUCGUCUCGAGCUCAGAGAGAUGUGGAGCAGCUGGCCGAAGAGGAGAUCAGCCUCAACACGGCCAGGCGCAAGUUGGAGGAAAAGGCCAAACUCUAUGAGCAGAUGACAAAAGGAGACUUUCCCGAUGAAGAGACGGAGGGGCUGUUCCUGGUUGACUUCACUCAGAAAAUUAUUGACCAAAAGAAAGAGACAUUUGCACAGAGGGAGAGGGAGAGAGAGAGGGAAGAUGAAGAAAGAGAGACCUCAUCACCUAUCCCAGCCCCUCAGAACCCAGAUGAGGAAUGGGUGGAUUAUGUGGAUGCUUUGGGACGAUCACGGAGAUGCAUGAAGAAAGACUUGCCGGAAUUUCAGAAACUGGACCAAAAUCUGAAAGGAAAAGGAAGCGCCUCAGCUGAGAAGACGUUGCUGUCAGAGGACAUGCGUCGGGAGCUGCAGAGGCAGGAGUGGGAGAGGGAGGAGGAGGAGGCGAUGAAGAAGCCUGUCGGGCCACUCCAUUACGAGGAUAUCAGGGGCCAAGAGGCGCGGGAGCUUGGCGUGGGCUACUUUGCAUUCUCUCAGGAUGAAGAGCAGCGCAGGAAACAGCGGGAAACUCUGGACAUGCUCAGAGACCAGACAACAGAGCAGCGUGGGAAGAGGGAAACCCUGAAGGAGAAGAGGAAAGCCAUCCUGCAGGCACGGCUGGCCAAGGUCAGGCAGAGGAAGAUGAAGAAUGCUAAGCUGGAUGACACUGAUGAAAACCAGAAAGAGGAGGAAAUUGGAGAAGAGGAGGACGAGUUGAUUGGGCCCUCGCCCGCACCAGAGGAGCACCCAGAGGUCAGUACACUGAAGAAGGUGGAGGUGGAGAUCCAGGAAAGGAAAGACACCAAGCCUGGAGUUCCUCAUGUCAGAGAAUGGGACAGGGGCAAAGAAUUUAUGUUCAGUGAGUGGAAAAGUCGGCGUCGGGAAGAGCGAGAUUCUGAAUUCGCCCCUCCAUCUGCGUACUUUACCGAGGAUAAGAGACCGAGGAAGGAAAAGACUGUCGAUCAGGGGGAGAACAAAGGGAAAAUGUCCUUCAAGUGGUCUAAUAGCUCAGGAGGAAUCUCUGAGAGCAAGGGAGAGCCACAACCCAAGCCACCGCCUAAAGCGAAUCCCUCACCUCCUCCUCAGCAGCAGCCUCCAGCUCCUGUGCAGCCUCCCACAGGCGGCCCCCCUGGUUCAGCUCCUGACUCAGACCCUCAGCCUCAGUAUCCCUCAUCAGCAGCAGGCCCUCAGUUUUCUGCCCCUUACAACCUGCAGUAUCCUCCUCCUCCGUUUUAUCCCCAGUUUCCUCCUCCGUUUCAGUACACGGGUCCUUCUCCUUUCCCUCCACAGUUUCCUCCACAGUACGCCAACCAGUACAUGCCCCAUUAUCCCCCACCGUGUCCUCCCCAGCCUCAGCAGCUGCCCCAGCCUGAAGCCCCCCCACAGGCCCCUCCUCCGAGCCUGGAUGACAUGUUGUCCUUCUACAAGAACUCCACUUGAAUGUUUUCUGCGAGUGUUUGUGGUCUAAAAACACCUGUACAGCAGUGCAAUUUCUCUUUUAGGGGGACUAAAGAAUUUAAACUUCGCUCUGUAGUUUGGACAUUUAUUAAAGAUGAAUGAUUUAUAUUCCCCA